AUGGGGCAACAUCCUUCAAAGGAUAAAUUCGCACGUUCUGCAUCAGAAAGGAUCGACAGGAAAGAAAAAUAUCCUGGUACUAUUGGAAAGGAAAGAUAUUCUGGAACUAUUGGAAAAAAAGGGUCUGCUAAAAAACGAGCAGAUGUGGUACAAGUGACACAAGUGUUAACAGCCAAUAAGCUGCCAGCAAGGGCGCAACAAAACACUGCAGCUGAGAAUAAGAAAAAUGCAACUUUACAUUCAUCUCCAACGACAGAUCCGAAAACAAGGAGAACUAUAUUUUCUUCGAAGGAUAAAAAACCUUCAACUAUCAAAGGUAAUAUAAUGUUAGAAAUUAAAUGGAAAAAGAUAAUUAUUGAGACUAUUUAUAAAACUAAAAACUCAAGUACGAGAGUGAUCUUAUUUUGUAGUGUGAACAUUAAUAAUGGUAAAUACGUAAAUAAGCAUCACAAAAGUAAAGUAAAGUUAAACAAAUCACCAUGA